UUUUGCAGUGCAGUGUGCCACCUUGCAAAGGCUCCUUAUUGCCGUGUGAUUAUUACAAUUGCAGCAGAACAAUGGCAGGACGGGCGCCCAGCUCGAAGGCACGGGAAAGUUUUUCAAGUGCGUUGAAAAAUCGCCUAAAAGGACUCAUUUUUGGAUACUCUUCCAUAGAGUGUGCAGUUCAUGUCUGCUACUGUGCUGAUAGUUCGGCCGAUUUCAUCGUGACAAAAAACCUUCCGCCACAUGUUGAUGCCGUGGAAACGAAAUACAAGGAUGCAAGACUUGUUCGGUAUGUCGCAACGUGUUCCUCUUCUUCUGCCGGAAUAGCUCUUACAGUUCCUGAAACGCCAACAAAUGGGUGGAUUGUGGAGCCGGAAUUCGAGCCAGCCAAAAUCGACAUGAGUAAAAUUGUAAACUACGAACCGGGAGGAGUUAUUCCGCACAUUAAACUGAACAUCAUAUGGACUGGAGAGGGGCGACCGCGGAAAGAGAAAAUAAACAUCAGUGUAGACGGGGCUGAAGAUUUAGACUCGUUCGAAUUGACAUGUGAACCACUUUUUCCAUGUUCACCACAGCAGUUCGGAGCUUUCACCGCACAACAGCAAAAUAGAACAUUGGAAACACAAUUAGCAGAUACACUUUUUCCGUCGAAAAUAGAGCCCAGCCCAUCCGCGUUUGAAAGGCCCACCCUACGACUUCUUCAAAGGUUCCCAACUCGAUCGGGACAUUGCAUAAACGUUAUCGAGAGGAUUGGCACCAAGGGUCAAUACCUCUGCAUUCAUCUUCUCAAUGACGAGUGCGGAACGGUCGUCCAGUACCCUCGAAUGAAGCACAGAUGCGAUCCGAAUCGAGUCGCAGAAGCUGUUCUCAGUGCGGUGGCUGGAGAAGGAGCCGCGAUACCUGGGCUGACCUGGUUAGAGCACUGAGGGAGAUAGAGCUGGGCGCUCUGGCGAAAGAGAUUGAAGAUAACCUGUGUACAAGUCGUUGUUCUAGAAGAAAUCAGGACAUGACUGACGAGAGAGCUCAACAACUAAUUGAUGAGGCAAUGGAGUUAGGUAGUCUGCAGCAGAGGAAUGUGGUGGGAGUCAUCACAGGUCUAAUGGGAGCAGGGAAGACCACUCUCCUCUACCAUCUCUUUGGCCUGGCGCCUCCCGACCUCUAUACCAGCACCGGUGUUGCCGAGCAGUCAAUUCGAGGCUUCCUUCACCACAUCUUGCGCCUAUCAGCUGGUGUUUGGCAACGUCUUUCGUACAAGGACAUUCGUGAGUUUCUUGCCCCUUUAAUCCAAGCUGGAAUGAGAAAAUCCGAUGUCGAUAAGCUUGCCUCUGCUCUAAUGCGUGAUCUGGAUGUACAAAGUGCCAAGCCACUAGACCCCUCAUUGCAAGAAGAGACCACUCCUUUGGUUCGUACAUCCCCUCAACUGCAUGAAGAAAGUCCAUCAUGUCAGAAAAUAGUCCCACUGGUCACGACAGCCACUGGUCCUACACCAAAAAGUCUUCCGAAGGAUCUGAUACUGGAGCUGGUCCACAUGAUAGACACAGGAGGUCAGCCCGAGCUCAUGGAAGUCAUGCCGUCUCUCAUACACAACGCCAACCUUGCAUUAGUCCUAGUUGAUUUGCGGUACGGUCUAGAUAAACGCCCUCCAGUAGAUUGCCAUGAGCAAGGAGUGUGCUACAAACGCCAGUUUCAGUCUCAGCACACUAGCAAGGACGUAAUCCUGAAGCUUGCAUCCACGUUGCACGCUAAGAAAUCCCAAAACAAGGCUUUCCGUCUUAUCAUUGUAGCCACACAUCGCGAUUGUGUCAAAGGCGAUGUUGCCACUCGGAUAGAAGCGCUGAAUCACCAACUGGAAAGUCUCCUACUUCCUACGUUCGAAGGCCAGCUCAUUCUCUUCCAACCCCCUGACAAAAUUCCGUUCGUUCUCGACUUGAAGAAACCAGACCGUGAUGAUAAAGAAGCCUUAGAAUUGAUCCGUACAAAGGUUGGCGAACCAGGUCUGGGAAGCGCUUUAGACACACCAACCUCGUUUUUUGUCUUUGAGCAAGACCUCCUCAAGUUUGCCGAAAAGGACGCAAAAUGUUAUAUUCUGAGCUUUGACGAAUGCAAACUGGUAGGGGCGCGUCUUAAAAUGAGCAGCGAAAUGGUGGAGGCUGCUUUGGUUCUCUUUCAUUGCCAGAACACUUUCCUCUACUUCCGACACAUCCUCCCGAAUCAUGUCUUCAUCAAACCACAGGUCCCUCUUGACAUUGUCAAUGGAAUUGUUGGUUUCAGUUACAAAGUGAACGCCGGCGAGUUCAAGGGCUUCCCUGCAAAAUUCGUCAGUCAACUCCGACAGGGCAUAAUCACAGAAGAAAUGCUAAGUUUUGAUAAAAUAUCGCCUCACUUCCAAGAAGGCGUUUAUGAAGUUAAUCAAGCUUUUUUGCCACACUUUCAUUAUAGCACCGCUGGAACCAGAGAAAAAGGAAGCCCCAAUUGCUACUAAGAGCAAAGAAUACUUAAUGAUGUGUUUAAAGGCUCCCAUUCCUGAACAGAAGCUGGUUGACUACCGCCCUAAGCGUUCCGACACGGUCCCGCUAGUCAUAAAGUUCAGCAGUGGCUGUGUUCCCCUCGGCUGCUUUGGCAGCACCAUCUCCUGCCUUCUCUCCAAGUACGGCUGGAAGGUUUAUAGAGAAGUAGAAUAUGAUCCUUCCAAAUGCCUUGCCCACAAUAUUGCCUCUCUCCAUGACCCAAACCUGCUUCUAGAUGUAGUUCUUGUUGACCACACUCAGUACAUCGAGAUCCACAUUGACUCUGACAUAAGCAUUCUACCCCCUGAUACAUGCAGUCAGCUUUACACAACGGUCUUUGGUGCAGUUGAAAAGGUCUUUAACAUCAUGCAGCUCGACAUUAAAAUUUCACCGGCCGUGAUUUGUACUUGCCAAAGUACGCGAAAACAUUUUGCAGAGUUUAAAAAACUUCGGGGGGAAUAUUUCUUGCGAUGUUCAAGAACCACCAAACCAGAUGAAAAACAGUUGCUGUGGAUGGGCAUUGGUGCUAACUCUUUACCAACUCUUCCCCAAUUAAUGCGACUUAAAAUUCCGGAACAGGUUGGAGUUAAUUACCAAAAGUUCGGGACAUUGUUGCUCAAGGAUGAUACGGGAUCUCAGAUACCUAGCAUUAGGGAAUCCAGUCACUGUCAGCCUGAUAACAUUGUCGCUGAAAUCCUUCGAAUCUGGCUACAAAAGAACCCGACACCAGUGACUUGGGAAAACCUCAUUAAAACCUUGAGAGAUUCAGAACUAAACACAUUGGCCAACUAUGUGCAAGAAACUUACAAAGAACAAAUUAAUAUUGUUUAAAGGUUUCAAACCAGUAUUUAAUGAAUUCAACCCACUCUGUUAUAUUAGUGU